AUGCAACUCAAGUCUAAGCCCAACUGUCGCAUCAGCAUGCAUGGGAAGAAACACUCCCUCAUAUUGAACAGGGUGGCUCUAGGAGACGCUGGCCAGUUCUCUUUUCAGGCUAAUGGCAUUCAGACCGCAGGUCGACUCAGUGUUAGAGCUAGGGACAUCCAUAUAAUGAAGGAGCUGGAGGACGUAGACACAAUGGAGCGGCAACCUGUGACCUUCCUGUGUGAGGUCAACCAGGUGGAUGUGGAUGGUCGGUGGUACAGAGAUGACUGCAGGAUCCGACCUGGGGACAACAUCAAGAUCAGACACCAGGGUAAAACUCACACCCUGCUCUUCAGGUCAGUCAGGCCAGAACAUGCUGGAGAGAUCAGAUUCACUGCAGAGCGUGUCUCAUCCUAUGCAACUCUCACAGUACAAGAGCUCCCAGUCCAAAUUGUGCGUCCUCUGAAGGUCAAGAUAGCCAUGUAUCACCACCGGGGUCUACUGGAGUGCCAGGUGUCACGGCCUAAUGCACAGGUCAGGUGGUACAAGAACAGGAAGGAGCUCCUGCCUAGUACGAAGUACCAAGUCAUCAGCCAAGAUGUGUACAGGCAGCUGACCAUCGAUAAUGUCUGCUCCUCAGAUGAGGACACCUACACCUGUGAUGCAGGAGAUGACAAAACCUCAUGUCAGCUCCUGGUAGAGGAGCAGGCUAUCAGCAUAGUGCGGGGGAUGAGCGCAGUGGAGGUGAUGGAGCCAGAGCCAGCACUGUUCCACGUGGAGACCAGCCUGAAGUCAGGGAGGCCUCCGAAGUGGACCCUGAACGGUGAGGUGCUGGAGCAAUGUGCAGCGGUGAACAUCGACAGGGAGGGCACCCUCCACAGUCUCUGUCUCACCUCCACUGAAAGCUCAAUGUCCGGUCCUGUGCUCUUUGUAGCUGGAAAGAGUCGCUCCACCGCUCAGCUCACUGUGAAAGAGCGACCUCUUCAGGUUCUUCACCACUUGGAUAAUGUGGAGGCGAAGGAGAACAGCUCUGUGACUCUGAGCUGUCAGUUUGCACCUUCUCCCAGGGUGGUACGGUGGUUUAAAGGUCGAACUGCUCUGAAGACUUCGAACAAGUACAGCAUGAAAAGAGAGGGGAAACGAGCAGGGCUGACCAUUCAUGGCUUGACAGCGAUGGAUUCAGGACAGUACCGCUGCAUGGCUGGAGGUUCACAGAGCACAGCACAUGUUAAGGUAGAAGUACGAACACUUAAGUUGGUCAAACACCUUGAGCCGGUGGAAAUUGAGGAGGAUGGAGUCGCCACUUUCUCAUGUGAGCUCAACUAUGUGGUCGCCAACGUGGAGUGGAUUCUCAACAAUGUCCGCCUCUAUUCCAACGCCAUCAACAGGAUCCAGCACAUGGGCACAAUGCACAGCCUCAUAAUCAAGAAGCUGCGGCCACAGGAGAGCAGGGUCACAUUCAAAGCAGGCCUUCUCUCUGAGACUACAACCUUAAAGGUCAAAGAGCGCCCAGCAGUGUUCCUGAGGUCUCUGGAGGAUGCAGUAGGCGAAGAGCAAGGGGAGGUCUGCCUGCAGUGUGAAAUUUCCAAAGAGAUGGUCACCCCUGUUUGGAGAAAGGAUGGUAUGGUCCUGACAGCUGAUGAUAAACAUGAAAUACUCCAGUUUGGGAAGUCCAUGGCGCUGAUUGUCCAUUCACUGAGCAAGGAUGACGCUGGACAGUACACCUGUGACCUGGGCACCAGCCAUUCCAAGGCUAAAGUUACAGUUCAUGAUUUACACAUCACAAUUUUUCAACGUAUAAAGACAACCUCAGUUCUGGAGGGUGAAAGCUGCACCUUUGAGUGUCUCCUCUCUCACGAUCUUGAUGAUGAGCCUUUCUGGUCGAUCAAUGGCCAGGUGGUGGCCGCUGACAACCGUGUCCAGGUUAUCAACAAUGGCCGCAAGUAUAAGAUGACCAUCAAAGAUGCCUUACUUACUGACGCUGGAGACGUGGUCUUCACAAUUAACGACCUCAGCUGUAGGACCAUGCUUUUUGUAAAAGAGAAACCGGUGCACAUCUUCAGGGACCUGCUGAACGUAAAGGCAGUGCCAGGCGAGGACGCUGAGCUGAGCUGUGAAAUCACCAAACCAGAGGCCACCAUCCAUUGGCUGAAAAAUGGCCAUCUAAUCAGACAGAGCCCUAAAUAUGAGAUGAGUGUGGAGAAGAACUUGGCGCGGCUGGUGAUCAAGAAUACCACCAUUAGAGACUCUGGGGAGUACUCCUGUGAGGCCGAAGGUGUUGCCUCUCGUGCCAAGCUGGAGAUCAGAGAACUCCAGCACACAUUUGCAAGGGAGCUGAGGGAGACACGAGCAGAGGAAAAGGGUAAAGUGACCCUGGAGUGUGAGACCAGACGGCCAGCCAAGCGUGUGAAAUGGCUGAAAGGAAUGAUGGACCUGAGGUCUGGUAGGAAGUACGUCAUCAGGCAGAAGGGUGUGGUGCUGUCCCUGACCAUCACCUGCCUGGAGAAGUCAGACACGGAUGUUUACACAUGUGAUGUCGGUACCAUGCAGAGCCGAGCACAGCUGACCGUGCAGGGCCAGAAGGUGUUGAUCCUGGAUGAACUAGAGGAUGUUGAGUGUCUAGAAGGUGACACGGUCACAUUCAGAUGUCGAAUCUGUCCCAGUGACUACAUCGGGGUCAGGUGGUACCUGGAUGAGACUCUGCUGUACACCAAUGAGCUCAAUGAGAUUCAGAUGGUACCCGGAGGCUACCACACCCUCACAUUUAAGCAGCUUGCCCGCAAAGACACUGGCACCAUUUCAUUUUCAGCAGGGGACAAAAGAUCGUACGCUUCAUUACUGGUCAGAGAGAGGCGCCCCACCAUCAUUAAAGCACUGGAGGACUGUGAGGCUAUUGAAGGAGGUGGUUUGGUUUUGUCCUGUGUGACCUCCAAGCCAUGUCACAUCCUCUGGUACAAAGAUGGCUGCCUGAUGUGGAGCUCCUCCAGAUAUUUUGCCAGUCGUUCCGGCUGUGAGGCUCGACUCACGAUCCGGGAGGUCUGCAACAGUGAUGCUGGGGUGUACGAGUGCAGCGCUGGAUCUGUUACAACUAGGGCUGUUGUAACUGUCAAAGCCAUCCCAGCAGAGUUCACUCAGCCUCUGAAAACUGUGGAGGCCAAAGAGGGAGAGACUGUAACCCUGACCUGUGAGUACUCUUUGCCUGGGGUCCAGUUCCACUGGAGGAAAGGUUUCGAGAGUAUCAGGCCUGGAGACAAGUACGUGAUGAAACAGAAGAAGACAAUCAACUCUCUAACCAUCAAAGGCGUGAAGCCGGAGGACUCAGGGGAAUAUACCUGUCAGUGCCGAGAUCACCGCACAACAGCAAGCAUCAAAGUACAUGCUAUUCCUAUUUCAUUCAUACAACAACUGAAGAACAUGCAAGCAGAGGAGGGCAACAAUGUCAUAUUGCGCUGUGAGCUGUCCAAACCUGGAAUACCAGUCGAAUGGAGGAAAGGAGAUGAGCUGCUGAAGAAUGGGGUCAAGUACCAGAUAAGGAAAUGGGAAACCACAUUGGAGCUUCUGAUAUGGAAGCCUGUGCCUCAGGACAGUGGGAUCUACAGCUGUGUGUGUGCUGAUCAGAUGACAUCUGCCACUGUCAAAAUCACUGCCCUCCCGGUCACCUUCAAGCAGAAGCUGAGGAAUGUGCAGAUUGAGGAGGGCAACACAGCGACUUUACGCUGUGAGCUGUCUAAACCUGGUCAUACUGUGGAGUGGAGGAAGAGGGGGGAUGAACUCAUCGGGAAUGGAGAGAAAUAUCACAUUCGGCAGAGAGACUUGCUGAUUGAAUUGAGGAUCUUUGAUGUGACACCUGAGGACAGCAAUAUCUACACAUGCAUCUGUGGAAAUAUAGAGACCACUGCAACUCUGACUGUGAAUGCUCUUCCCAUCACCUUCAAGCAAAAGCUGAAGAACCUCCAAGUCGAGGAAGGACACAACAUCACAUUGUAUUGUGAGAUCUCUAAGCCUGGAGUCCCAGUGGAGUGGAGGCUCUCAGGAGAUCUUCUGGAGAACGGAGAGAAGUACCAGAUUAAGCAGAGGGCCUCUGCUCUGGAGCUGACCAUCAGAGAUACUGUGCCUGAAGACAGUGGUGUAUACACCUGUGUGUGUAGAGAGCAGAAGACAAAGGCCACUGUUAAAGUUAUUGCGGUUCCUGCCACAUUUAAAGUGAGCCUGAAGAGCCAGGAGACCGAAGAAGGGAACAGUGUGACGUUACGCUGUGAGUUGUCAAAGAAGGGAGUCCCAUUGCAGUGGCAGAGAGAGGGCCAGGAGCUCUCUGAGGAGCUAUCUCAAGGAAAGUAUCAGAUGAAAGUAGAAGGAAAGACAGCUCUGAUGACCAUCCUCAGUGUCCAACCAGAAGAUGCAGGGAAGUACAGCUGCAUCACAGGAGAUGAGAAAACCACAGCUGAAAUCAAAGUGAAACCACUUCCUGUGACAUUCAAACGAGAGAUCCAACGCCUGGUGGCGAUAGAAGGGGAGAGUGGAGUUUUCUGCUGUGAGCUCUCCAAACCUGCAGCUCCAGUGGAGUGGAGGAAAGGCAGAGUCAUCCUGAAGCCUGGAGAGAAAUAUGAGAUGAAGCAGGAGGGACGUCUCACUAAACUGGUCAUCAACAACUUAGAGGAGAGCGAUGCUGGGAAAUACUCCUGCAAGACUAAAGACAGCCAAUCAACUGCUGAACUCACCGUACAAGCUUUACCGCCAAGUUUCAAGCUGCCGCUAGUUAACCAGGAAGUGAUGGAGGAGAACAGUGUGGUUCUGCGCUGUGAGCUCACCAAACCUGCCCCAUCGGUGGAGUGGAGGAGAGGAGGUGAGCUGCUGAAGAAUGGAGACAGGUACCAGAUGAGGAAGAAGGACCUCCAGGUGGAGAUGAAGAUUGUGGACCUCACUCUGGAUGACACUGGAGAUUAUACCUGUAUAUGUGGAGAAGAGAGGACAACAGCUAGGAUCAUGGUGAAUGAACGGCCCAUCAAAUUCCUUCAAGAACUGAAAAAUAUUCAGGUGCAGGAGGGCAAUGUGGUGACUCUCUGCUGUGAGCUCUCCAAACCUGACACUCCCGUGCAGUGGAAGAAAGGAGACAAUGGGUUGACCAGCGGAGAGAAAUACCAGAUGAAGCAGAACGGCUCCACACUGGAGCUCCUCAUCAGGAAAAGCCAGCCUGAGGACAGUGGCACAUACAGCUGUGUUUCGAUCCCGGUCACCUUCAAGCAGAAGCUGAAGAACCAGGAAGCUGUGGAGGAGGGCAGUGUGACGCUGCGCUGCGAGCUUUCUAAGCCAGGAGUCCCAGUGGAGUGGAGGAGAGAUGCUCAACUUCUGAUAGAGGGAGAAAAAUAUCAGAUGAAGCAAGAGGGCAGGGUUGCCGAGAUGCUGAUUAAAAAUUUAACUCUAACAGACACUGCGGAGUACUGUUGUUUUGCUGGCACUGUUGUGACCUCAGCUGACAUCAAAAUAAGAGAGCUCCCUGUAACAUUUAAACAAGAGGUUGAGACUUUGGAGGUGAAAGAAGGGGAGAGUGGAGUUUUCUGCUGUGAGCUCUCCAAAUCUGGAGCUCCAGUGGACUGGAGGAAAGGCAGGGUCAUCCUCAAACCAGGAUACAAAUAUGAGAUGAAACAAGAGGGACGUCUCACAAAACUGAUCAUCAACAAUGUGGAGGAGAGCGAUGCUGGGAAAUACACCUGCAAGACCAAAGACAGCCAAUCAACUGCUGAGCUCAGCGUCAAGGCUCCUCCCAUCACGUUCAAGACGAAGUUAAGGAACCUGCAGGUGGAGGAGGAGAACAGCCUGACAUUGAGCUGUGAGUUAUCUAAGCCUGGCCUUGCUGUGGAGUGGAGGAAAGGAGAAGAGCUUCUGAAGAAUAAUUUCAAGUACCAGAUUAAAAACCGAAACAGUGUCAUGGAGCUGACCGUCAAAAACGCACAGCUGGAGGACAGUGGUGUCUACAGCUGUAUCUAUGGUGAUACCAAGACCACAGCCAACGUCACCAUUACAUCUAUUCCCCUCACCUUUAAAAUGGGUCUGAAGAACCAGGAGGCCCCUGAAGGAGGCAUCGUGACCCUUCGCUGUGAACUAUCCAGGGCUGGGGUGCCUGUGCAGUGGUGGAAGUCAGAGGACCAGCUCUAUCAUGGAGGGAGGUAUCAGAUGAUGCUGAGAGGGAAGGUAGCAGAGAUGCACAUCAAAAACAUCCAGCCAGAGGAUGUCGGAGAGUACAGCUGUGUCUUUGGAGGGCAGAGGACAAUGGCUGAAGUGAACGUGAGAGCGGCAGCAGGUGUGUUCUUUGAGAAGGAACUGGAGAACCAAGUGGUAAUGGAGGGGAAACCUGUGCUGCUGUCUUGUGAAGUUACCAGUGCUAAUGUCCCUGUUACUUGGAAGAAGGACAACAUUGUGGUAGAAGAAGGAGGACGGUGCAUUUUAAAGAAAAAAGGCCCCACACACUCUCUGGAGAUCAAGAAAUUACUUCUGGAGGAUGCUGGCGAGUACUGCUGUAGCACCAGAGGCAAGAAGACCACUGCCAAGCUGACAGUGAGGGAGCGUGUGCGGAUUGUUACAGAGCUGCAAGACUUAACGGUGACGGCGGGAGAGGACGCAGCGUUUGUGUGUGAGCUGAGCCACUCGGACGUGAGUGAAGGUGUCUGGUGGCUCGGUUCCAGCCCGCUGCAAAGGAACGAGAUGAACCAAAUGACGUGCCAGGGUCGCCGGCACCGACUGGUCCUCACCAUGACAACACCUGAGGAGACGGGCACCGUGGCAUUUGUGAUUGGGGAUGAGAGGACCUCUGCAUGUCUGCUAGUGGUCCCUAAGCCCAAAGAGCUCCCUCCAUUCUUCCAGGAAGAAUUGCAGAAUACGGAAGUUGAGGAGGGAGGUUUGGCCUCUCUUUACUGUGAGCUGUCUAAACUUGGAGUGCCAAUUCAAUGGAAGAAGAACAGACUGCCGCUAAGAGCCAGCAGGAAAUAUGAGAUGAAGCAGGACGGCUGCCUCCUCCAGCUGCACAUCAAGGAGCUCAAACUUGAGGACAGUGGCAGCUACACAUGUCAAGCAGGAAGUGCAGAGACCACUGCAACUGUGACAGUGAAAGAGCUCCCUCCAUACUUCAAGAAACAAUUAAGACGCAUGGAGGCUGAAGAGGGAGGUUCAGCCUCCCUCUCUUGUGAGCUGUCUAAACCUGGAGAAUCAGUUCAGUGGAAGAAGAACAGACUGCCACUCAGAGAAAGCAGGAAGUAUGAGAUGAAGCAGGACGGCUGCUUCCUUCAGCUCGACAUCAAGGAGCUCAGACCUGAGGACAGUGGCUGCUACACAUGUCAAUCAGGAGGUGCAGAGACCACUGCAACUGUGACAGUGAAAGAGCUCCCACCAUUUUUCAAAGAGGAACUGCAGAAUGUGAAGGAAGAAGAGGGAGGCUCAGCUUCCCUGUGCUGUGAGGUGUCCAAACCUGGGCUGUCAGUGCAAUGGAAGAGGAAUAAGCUGCCUCUAAGACCCAGCAGGAAAUAUGAGAUGAAGCAGGAUGGCUGCCUCCUCCAGCUGCACAUCAAGGAGCUCAAACUUGAGGACAGUGGCAGCUACACAUGUGAAGCAGGAAGUGCAGAGACCACUGCAACUGUGACAGUGAAAGUGCAAUGGAAGAAGAACAGACUGCAACUGAGAGCCAGCAGGAAGUAUGAGAUGCAGCAGGACGGCUGCUUCCUCCAGCUCCACAUCAAGGAGCUCAAACUUGAGGACAGUGGCAGCUACACAUGUCAGUCAGGAAGUGCAGAGACCACUGCAACUGUGACAGUGAAAGAGCUCGCUCCAUUCUUCAAGAAAGAAUUAAGACGUGUGGAGGCUGAGGAGGGAGGUGCAGCCUCCCUGUCCUGUGAGCUGUCUAAGCCUGGAGUGUCGGUGCAAUGGAAGAAGAAUAAGCUUCCACUGAGAGCAAACAGGAAGUAUGAGAUAAAACAAGAUGGCUGCCUCCUCCAAUUGCACAUCACGGAGCUCAAACCUGAGGAUAGUGGCAGCUACACAUGUCAAGCAGCAAGUGCAGAGACCACUGCAACUGUGACAGUGAAAGAAGUUGCUCCAUUCUUCAACAAAGAAUUACAAGGUAUAGAGGGUGAGGAGGGAGCUACAGCCUCUCUGUUCUGUGAGGUGUCUAAACCUGGGGUGCCAGUUCAGUGGAAGAAGAACAGACUGCCACUGAGAGCCAGCAGGAAGUACGAAAUGAAGCAAGAUGGCUGCUCCCUCCAGCUGCACAUUAAGGAGCUCAAACUUGAGGACAGUGGCAGCUACACUUGUCAAACAGGAAGUGCAGAGACCACUGCAACUUUGACAGUGAAAGAGCUUGCUCCAUUCUUCCACAAGGAAUUGCAAAAUGUGGAGGCUGAGGAGGGAGGUGCAGCCUCCCUGCACUGUGAGCUGUCUAAGCCAGGAGUGUCGGUUCACUGGAGGAAGAACAAGCUGCCACUGAGAGCCAACAAGAAGUAUGAAAUGAAACAAGAUGGCUGCUUCCUCCAGCUCUACAUCAGGGAGCUUAAACCUGAGGACAGUGGGAGCUACACAUGUCAAGCAGGAAGUGCAGAGACCACUGCAUCUGUGACAGUGAAAGAGCUCCCCCCAUUCUUCAAGAAGGACUUACAAAGUAUGGACGCUGAGGAGGGAGGAUCAGCUUCCCUGUGCUGUGAGGUGUCUAAACCUGGGCUGUCAGUGCAAUGGAAGAAGAACAGACUGUUACUGAGAGCCAGCAGGAAGAAUGAGAUGAAACAAGAUGGCUGCCUCCUCCAGCUGCACAUUAAGGAGCUCAAUCCUGAGGACAGUGGCUGCUACACAUGUCAAGCAGGAAGUGCAGAGACCACUGCAACUGUGACAGUGAAAGAGCUCAUUCCAUUCUUCAAGAAAGAACUAAAAAAUGUGGAGGCCGAGGAGGGAGACGCAGCCUCCCUGUCCUGUGAGCUGUCUAAGCCUGGAGUGUCAGUGCAAUGGAAGAAGAAUAAGCUUCCACUGAGAGCAAACAGGAAGUAUGAGAUAAAACAAGAUGGCUGCCUCCACCAGCUGCACAUCAAGGAGCUCAAAUCUGAGGAUAGUGGCAGCUACACAUGUCAAGUAGGAAGUGCACAGACCUUUGCAACGGUGGCAGUGAAAGCACUACAAUCUGCUCCACCAAACACAGAGCCUCCCACAAUAUUACCUCGGGUAAAGGGUGCUGUCUCUAAAACAACUCCUAGUCCCGAGAGUGAGAAGCCUGGCCUCCCAGAGGCCAAACCUGUUCCUCCAGAGCCCAAAAAGAGAUCUCAUAGGAAAGCAUCUAUUACAAAUUCAGAAAAAGAUGAGGAGCCAGUAUUGCACCUAAAGCAGUCUAUGAUGAAAGAGAAUAAUAAAGACCAAAAAGGAACCCAGCCUGUAAAGCCUGUGGAGAAAGACUUUGAUGUUGUACAGAACAUAACACAACUGGAGAGUGAGGGCUACAAGAAAGCCGAUAACUCAGUGAGAUUACUAGAGCAGGAUGACAGGAUUGACAGGAAGGUCGAAGAGCCAGGGAGGUCUAUGGAAACAGAAAAUGAAGUUUUCCUGGCGAAGCAACAAGGAAGGAAUUUGGAGGAAAUGGUUAAAGCUGACCUUAAAGUUAGUCAAUCGGAGAGGGUUCUGGGUGACACUGUGGCUGAACAACAGAGAUUAAAACAAGCAGGAAAGCCCUCAGAGAAAACAAGUGAAAUUCAGGAGAAGGUGAAACAUCCUGGGACGCUUCUGCGGAAGAACAGUGAGGAUGAAAAAUGGCCCGUUGAAGCACUAGAAAAGUCAAGUGGAAAAGAAACAAUAAAGGAACAUGUAAAGUCUACAGUAAAGGAAGAUGCAGCAGACAUGAUGGAAGAGGAACCUUUAAAACCACCAGUAAGAUCUAAAGGAAAGACAAUGGAGGAGAAGCAACCAAUAAAGCAUAUUUUAAGAGAACCUGAGGAGCUAAUUCCCCAAGCAUUAAAGACUACAGUAAAUGGCUCUGAGGAAGACCAUAAACAGAGAGACUAUGUGAGACAACAAGUGUCCACAGAGGCAGAGAGGGGGAAAAAGCAAGUGCUGUCAGUAGAACAACCAGAAAAACCUUCAGAAAGAGAGGCAGAAUUUACCCCUCCAAAACCACCUGUGAGGAUAAAAGGUAAAACAAAGGGGAGAAUGGAAAAACAAUUAUCACGGGAUACAGAGACAGAUCAAGAAGGACAAGAGCUGACAGGAGGUGUGGUGAAAACAACGGAUGAUCAGCCAGUAAAACAGUCAAUAAGGUCUGUGGGAAAAGAGGAUAAAGAGAAACCCAGACUUGAGAGGAAAUAUUCAGUAACAACAGACAGUGAGAUAGCUGAGAAAAUAAGGCAGCCUGUGAAAGCUGCAGAGAAAGAUGCAAACACCAAACAGCUGAUCAAACAACCAGUAAAACCCAUGAGAAAAGAACCUGAAGUUGACCAGGAAAUUAAACUGGCAGUCGAGCCAAUGAGAAGGAAGGAAGAAAAACAGACGAAGAUGACAGAAGAUGUUCCCCUUCUGUAUAUUUCUGAAGAUGAAACUUUCUCAGAGGCUUUGAUGGAAAUACCAGGGAAGGUCCAUCCAACUGGCUCUUGUAAUGAGGGGUCAACUCAACCCUCUGGUCUUCCACUAGAGAUUGACAUCAGCAUUGAGGAUGAACCACAAAUGCAAGAGGCAGCAGUCAAGAUCCAGGCUGCCUUUAAAGGCUACAAAACCCGCAAAGACAUGCGACCUGUCUUUAAAGAGGUUUUUAAGAACCAGAUUGCAGAUCUUCAUGGUACAGUCACUCUAGUGUGUGUCGUAGAAGGAAAACCCAGCACAGUGCGCUGGCUGAAAAAUGGCCAACAAAUCACUAAUGACCAGCGCUGCCGUACUGAGACAACAGAGAAGGGCGUGUGCACACUGGUGAUCAAAAACCUUACCACCAGUGACGGUGGAAUCUAUACCUGUGAGGUGGUGAAUAAGUUUGGUGUGACCUCCUACAAUGGAAACGUAACGGUAGUACAGCCUCAGCAGGCUGCUCCGACAGCCCAGAAGCCUGUGCACCCACCCCUUGCAGCCAUAACUCCUCUGCAACUUGCCCCACCAAGGUCUGAGGUCCAGGCCAAAACACAGACUCUGAGUCUUCCUCAGACUCAAGCACAGAUACCCACUUCAGCUACAGAUGCUGAAAACUAUGUAGAAAGUGUGAGCGUCUCUCUGUGGGAGGCCUACAACCUGACGGAGCUGGCUGCACAGAUGACUCUGGAAGAGAGGAGACGAUCAUCACUCAUUGCUGCCAGCUCCAUGUCAAGUCCCUCUGAUUAUGACACGGCUCUGGAUAUAAUGGAACCUGUUGAAACUCUUCCUGCUGUUUCAAGGGAAGUACCAAAACCACAAGUAUCCGCGAAGGACAAUAAAGAAGAGAUAGCUGCUCCACAACCUCCUAAGAAACUAUUAAAGGUCAAAGGAGCUCAUGAAGGCAGAAUGAGGACACCAUCUCCAAAGCACCAUCGUGCCCACACACCCUUAGCGAGUACGGUAUCUGGAUCAGAGUCAGAAGGGGAAGAGGAUAGCAGAGAGACAUUUGAAAUGUAUGUGGCUCGAGCCGACUGCAGUCCUAACAGUGGAAAUAAGAACAGUUUCAUUCUGAAGGAGGGCCAGUUUGUAGAGGUCCUGGAUUCUGUUCAUCCUGACAGAUGGCUGGUGAGGACCAAACCCACCAAAACCAAUCCUGCUCGACAGGGAUGGGUGUGUCCAGCCUACCUGGAAAAGAAGAGAAAGGAAACCUUCCCACAAAUGAGAGCACCUCAAGAGGAUCUUGAUGGAAUAGGGUCUACAGGAGAAGAAUAUCGGAGGGCUAUGAGCCAACUGAUCCAAGGCCUGAUUGACGGAGAGGAGGAGUUUGUAAAGGAGAUGAAGAUGUUCACCUGUCACCAGCUAAAUUAUCUGGACUCUAGUUGCCACGUCCCCAUUAACAUCCUCAACCAGAGAGAGAUCAUUUUCAGGAAUAUCAAGGACAUUGUCUUUCUGCAUGAGAGGUGCAUCCUUCCUGGUCUGAGAGGCUGUGCCACAGACGAUGAUGUGGCCAUGCAUCUGAUCAAGCACACUGAGGACUUUGAAAAGUAUCUUCACUACAUGGUGGGACAAGCUCAAGCAGAAGCCUGCGUCAACGACAAGGCUACCCAGCAGUAUUUCAAAGUAUUGACAAAAUCUGAGUUAGGAGAAUCUGGUAAGCCUGACGCACCUGUCAUGGAUGUCCUUACCUUCCUCCAGCGACCAGUGGAGAGGAUUCAAACUUACCAGGCUUUACUCAAGGAGUUUAUCAAGAACAAAGCCAAAGGUGGUCAGAGCUGCUGUCUGUUAGAGGAUGCCUUCUCUACGGUGUCCUGUCUGCCCUGGAGGUCUGACAACCUGCACCAAGUGUCCCUCAUUGAGAACUACCCAGCUCCUCUAAUUGCCCUGGGCGAGCCUGUGCGACAGGGAGUCUUCACAGUGUGGGAGGAAUCUCCAGAAAUUAAGACGGCCUCUAGAGGGCAUCAGAGACAAGUCUUUCUCUUCAAGGAAUGUAUCGUACUGUGUAAACUGAAAAGGGACACUGGCAUGAACAGUGACACCUAUACCUUCAAGAACAAAAUGAAGCUGAAUGAUGUGGAAAUAAAGGAGACUAUGGGUGGAGAUGAAAAGUCUUGGGGGUUGUGGCAUGAGCACAGGGGCUCAAUGCGGAGGUACACACUGCAGGGCCGCUCCACACUGGUGAAACUGCCCUGGCUCAAAGACCUGAAGGAGCUCCAGCAACGCUCCAGUCUGCCCACUAACAGCCCACCAGUGUUUGAGUCACUGUUGUCUGACUGCACAACAAAGAUAGGGCAGACAAUUAAACUGACAUGCAAGGUCACAGGAUCACCCAAACCAGUGGUCAGCUGGCUCAAAGAUGGCCUUCCUCUGGAGGAUGACUCCCGUCACAUCAUCACAGCGGACCGCUCUGGAACAUGCAGUGUCAUCCUGGACAGUCUCACUGCAGAGGACUCUGGACAGUAUACAUGUUACGCUACCAGCUCCAUGGGCACUGCUGGUACUCUGGCUAAGGUUGUGGUGCAGGCUCCACCCAGAUUUGUGAGUCGGCUGGAGAGUGCUUGUCUAAUAGAAGGAGAGGACAUCCAGUUCUCUUGUUCCACGCUCAGUACUCCUUUACCACGAAUCAGGUGGUUGAAAGAUGGCAGAGAGUUGACUGACCAGCAAAAAUACUCGAUCCUGAACGAUGCUCGGAGUGGAAUCUUGUGUCUGACGGUCAUCUACGCAACAGCGGCAGAUAUUGGACAGUAUGAGUGUGAGCUUUGGAAUGAGUUUGGCUGUGUCAAGUGCAAGGCAGGUCUAUGCCCCACUUACAUACCACCAACUGACAUCGAGGAUGACCAACCACAGGACUUACCCCCUAAAGGUAGGACUGGCAAAGCUGCUGAAGGUAAAUAUCUUCCACACAUGAUGGAAACUAGUGGCAGGGUUUUCAUGCGGCUGAUCGACACGUUCACUAGUUCAGCCAAAAUAUAUUGUUAUAUUAAGUCUGUGAUCCUUAAACUCCGGCUGAGUGGCAGUUUGGCUUUGGUAGAUGCAGACUCAGAGGGCUGGUCCACUGCCUUUGUGAAGAAAUGGUUACAGACUGAUUUCAGCCCCACCUGUAUUGCCAAGGUGCUUUUCCCUCCUGGACACCCUGAACAGGCAGAGUGUAGCACUGAGGAGACAGCUCCUGCUGCCACAUCCAUGGAUCAUGUGGUUCAGCAGCCGCUGUAUUACCUGGAGGAAGAGGAGGAGGAGAUUUACAUCUCAGAACCAAUGCAGGAAAUUACAGAUGCUCCACCCUCCAUCCAGGUACCCACUGAGGACCUGUGUGUAGAACCCGGCCAACCAGCUACAUUUACAGCCAUCAUCACAGGAAGACCGACUCCUAAUAUACAGUGGUACAAGGAUGAAGAAGAGCUUGCAGCCAAUGAGAAUGUGGAGAUAGUACAGCAUGGUGCCCGCUGCUCAGUGACAAUAGUGUGCUCCGAGGGUGAGGACAGCGGCAUAUACACCUGCUUAGCCUACAAUGACUCCGGCCAUGCCUCAUGCCAGGCUCAGCUCACGGUGGAGGAAGGCCCACUGGAGUGUCAGGAGAGAGAGGUGGAGCUGGGGAAGAGAAGGAAGUUAUUCUCUGUCUAUGAUGUUCAUGAGGAAAUUGGAAGGGGAACGUUUGGGGUAGUGAAGCGUGUCGUCCACAGAAGGACAGGUGAAGUCUUUUCUGCCAAGUUCCUUCCUCUGCGGAGCAGCACUCGGACGAGGGCCUUCCAGGAGAGAGACUUACUCUCCCGUCUGGCUCAUCCCAGAGUGGCCUGUCUGCUGGACUUCUUUUGCACCAGACGCACUCUGGUGCUGAUCACAGAAAUCUGCUGCUCUCAUGGACUUCUGGAUCAUUUAUUACUCAGAGGAUCCGUCUCGGAGAGAGAGGUUCAGUCAUACAUCCAGCAAAUCCUUGAAGGUGUUGGUCACAUUCACAGCAUGAACAUCUUGCAUCUGGACAUUAAACCGGAUAAUAUCCUAAUGGUGUAUCCACCCAGAGAUGAGAUAAAGAUCUGUGACUUCGGCUUUUGCCAAGAAAUAGACGCAUCCAGACACCAGUACAGCAUGUUUGGUACACCAGAGUUUGUUGCACCCGAGAUUGUUCACCAAGAACCAGUCACUGUUGCCACUGAUAUUUGGGCUGUGGGUGUUAUAGCCUAUCUAUGUCUGGUGUGUCGAUGUCCUUUUGUGGGCGAGACGGACCGGGCAACACUGCUGAGAGUGGGGGAGGGGACCCUGAACUGGGACGCCCCCGAUGUCACAUACAGGAGUCCUGAGGCACAGAGCUUUCUCCACCUGGUCCUUCAGCCAGAUCCAGAGAUGCGACCGUCUGCCUUUGAAUGCUUGAGCCAUGAAUGGUUCCAGGACAAACAUACAAGAGAAGAUACUGAUGAAAUCAACAUGAGAAGUUUGAAGGUCUUUAUCUCAAAAAUGAAAUGGCAGCGUUCCUUGACUUGCAUUGGGUCAGUUCUCACGUUGAGGCCUGUCCCUGAGCUGCUGGACGCUCCUCUCAGAGAGACUGCUGUGACGGUGCCUCGCGAGCUCCAGGAACACAGCAGCACCUCUCUGAGCAGUGGCUCAUCAUCUGAGUAUGAUGAAGCUGACGCUUUGGACUUUUUCCGGCACUACAGUCCGACUGAGGAGGAGGAGGAAACAGAGGAGGAUUAUGAUCCUUUAAUGGAGAGAGCACAGAUCCCCGAGCCUUUUGCCAAACUCCCCCUAGAUGGAGAGGAAGAGGAGGAAGUGACAUUAGGGGAGGAAGAGGAUGGGGAGAUGGUAGGAAGGACGAGUGUAUUAGAGCGGAGUAUGAGCAGGCAGUCAGUUGCGUCAUCAGACGUGUCGUGCCAGCAGACACCUCAGAGGGAGCGUAGGUUGAGCAAAGACAGCAGUCAAUCUCUCUACCUCUCUGACUGGGAUGAGGGUUCAGGAAGUGACGGAGGUCGUAUCCCUCGGGGCAGUGUCAUCCGAAGCACUUUCUAUAGCACCUCUCAUCAGCUUUCACCCAUGUCUGCCAGACACAUGUCAUUACGGGACAAAUUCCAGGCCAAAAAACAGGAGAGAGGUCGCAAACCACUGAGGAGGAGCUUUUCAGGACGCCUCAAUGAACCUCUUAUUGAAUAUGUGGAGGAUGAGACAGAAACUAAUCGAGGCCAAAGACGGGGAUCUAUUCAGCCCACGAUGCAGAAAUCCUGCUCCUUUGACAGUGGAGUUGGCCUCAUCCACGGCAACGUACCCCCUCACAGGAGGAGCAGGUCUCUUGAUGAGUAUUCGCGCCGGUCUCCCAGCUCACCCAAGCGCACAAUGCCAGGUGAAGAAGGCUCUCAAAGUCUGAAGGAAGAUUUCACAGAUGAUGAAGUGGCUGGGAGAAACUUGUUGGCCAUCCCGGGCCCACGGCGACCUGCAAGAAGACGUGGCUCCAUCGCUCCUGUACAUGCGACUCGCACACUGGGUGGAACAACUGUUCCCACAGACUUCCUUGCUGGAGACAGAACGGGCACCAGGUUGGUUCAGGACCAGACAGAGAGAGAUACUUUUGCUGGCUCCCAGGGGUCCCUGGCUGAGUCAUCUAUUUUGGAGCACGGUGGCUCAGAGUCUUCAAGCAGACUCGGCUCCUGCGAGGAGCUGAGUCAUGGUCAUCUCAGAGGAAGAUACAGAUCAGGAGAGAGUGAAGGGUACGAUGAUCAGGGGGAGCCUCUGAUUUCAUCAUCUCCCUGCUCAUUCCAAGAAGUCAAACCCAGAGGCUCGUUUCCUCAGGCCCCACCGCGAAACCGCACCCGCUCCAACCCCAACUUAUCUGCAAACAGCAGAGGUCAGCCAGGGCCCCGGCUGAUGCCGAGCCCCAGUCCGAGCCUCUCUUCUCUCCAGGCUCCAGAGAGGCCUCCCAGGGCCAGGGACAAGAAGGAAGGCUACGGCCUGCAGAGACAUGCAUCUGCUCCAGCCCUGGAAGCCCGACCACCCACAGGAAAGUCACCCAAGCUGGGACUGCUCAAGAUCUUCCGCAGGCAGUCCUGGACUGGCCAUUCGUACUCUCAGCUGGAGGACACAGAGUUAGGACCCACAUUAGGAGAGAUCAUGACGCCCGAUACACCCACCAUGUCUUUGAGGAAGAAAAUGAGAGCUUCUGCUUCUAGCCUGACCAAGCUGUUUUCCAGAUCUAAGGAGGAUGUGAGUAAGGGAGGGCCAAUAGUAAAAGGAUCAGCUCCCAUCCCACCUAAAAGGGAGCGUAGUGCUGGUCUUGAGAGUCCAAAAAAGAGGACCUCCAAAAUCCUUCCUUCUUUCAAAAUACCUGCAUUCAAAAAGACAAAAGUCCGUCCCAACAAGCCUGAAGUUCUGCAGUUAGAUGGAGGCAGAGUCCUGCUGGUUUGGAAACCGAUCCAGUCUAGUGACCCUCUCACCUACUGUGUGCAGUUCUGUUCAGAUGGUGGGGCGUGGACAGUCCUGUCAGACAAUGUGACAGACAGCUGCUAUGUGGUGAAGGACUUAGCGAGAGGAGCGUCUUAUGUGUUCAGGGUGGGCUGCAUCACCAAGACAGGAGCAGGACCUUUCAGUGAUGCUUCAGCACCUGUUGUUAUGGCUACUCAUCCCGAAGAGACUCACAUUUCGCUAACCCUGACUGAGACCCUGGGGUCAAAGGUCACUGGAUCAGAACAACAAACAACACAAAGGAACUACAGCUUCCUCUCUGAGAUUAACAGGGGUCGUUUCAGUGUAAUAACCCUGUGUAGAGAUGUUGAAACGAGCAAAGUGUUUGCAGCCAAGAUCACCCCUUACCAGGCAGAGCAGAGACAGCUGGUGCUGAGGGAGUACCAGCUGCUGAAGAGGCUUCAUCACCCACACCUGGUGCAGCUGCACACUGCCUACCUCACCUCCUACUACCUGGUGUUAGUGGAGGAGCUUUGUCCCGGCAAGGAGCUGCUCUACAGUCUGGCUGCGAGAGAUCUGUAUGCAGAGACUCAUGUCGCUGAGCUGCUGGUUCAGAUUCUGAGUGCAGUCGAUUACCUUCACAGCCGUCGAGUCAUCCACCUGGACCUGAAGUCUGACAACAUGCUGGUGGAUGAUGGUAACCACUUGAAGAUUGUGGACUUUGGCUCAGCUCAGUCCUACACACCCGGACAGCCCCUCAACAUCGAGCACAUCCAGGGCCUGUCGGAGAGCAAAGACUGCCGCAGCAAAGUUUAUAUUGUCCUUCCUAAAGCUCCGGAGAUCCUGGAGGGUCAGGGUGUCGGGCCUGAAACUGAUGUUUGGGCUAUUGGAGUUCUGUCGUUCAUCAUGUUGAGCGCCGACAGCCCGUUUCAUGCAGAGCUCAGCUGGGAGCAAGACAGAAACAUCAAGAAGGGGAAGAUCCAGUUUGGACGCUGUUACCCUGGUCUGUCAGAGGGAGCCUUAAACUUCAUGAAGACCAGCCUGAAUAACAAAUCCUGGGGGAGACCCACUGCAGCCGAGUGUCUCCAGAACCCAUGGCUGCGUGCUCCUCGUGCGCCACACAAAGCCCGACAAUCCAAGGUGUGUUUCUCCACAGACAAGCUUAAAGCUUACCUCAAUCAGAAGGAAGAGAAACGAGACCUGGUCCACACCAAGCUGCAGGGUCCCUUCUUCCAGUAACGCAAUGAUGCCAAAAAAAAAAGUAGGAUUUUCUUUCACCAGCAGGUUUUCCUAAAAAAAAAUAUGCAGCCUUAUAACCGAUACAUUUCAUUUCAGCUGUGUGGUCAGUUUUUAAAUCAUUUUGCUAUCCUCUGAUUAUGAGAAUGUGAUGCGUCUUAAUGAGUUUCCAAAUUGUUCUUGUCUAUUAGUUUGUACAUGAGAGUGCCGUGCAUUUUGUUUGCUUUGGUUUCCAUGGAAACAGAUCAGGGAUAAGUUAAGUCUAUGCACGAGCGCACACUGUUUGCUCUGUGACAUGUUUUUCUCCUCAGCAUCAGACAGCUGCAAAUGUUUGGUCUGACAGUAUAAAAUAUUUUCUGUGCCAUUCUGCUCCAAACAGAAGGCAGAUACAUUUCUGAGUUCUUUACAGCAUUUUAUUUAAAUCUUGACAUGUUCUACCUUAAGAUUGCAAUGUAUAAAUGGGAAAUUGAUUAGAUUUAUAGGUUUUACUGGACGCUUCUAAGUUUAAUAUUAAUAAUAUAUUGGGUCAAAAACCCACCUGAAUGAGUUAGUGAAUGAAAGAUUAAUUAAAUGGCACAAAAGUGG